AUGGACUUCUCCAACAUAUUCCGACUGGUCAACCUGGUCGUGGGAGCGAUUAUGGUCUUGGGAGGAAUCAGCCAGUUCAUCCCUAUUGGAUUUCGAAGUAUCAUUGUGGGCAUCUACGUGAUCAUCUUUGGAUUGGCUAUCGCCGGGCUGGAACUAUUACCGCAAGUUCCACCGUAUCUGCCCAAAUACGCCAGCUUUCUAUUUUCCUUCCUCGGUCGCGGCAUCUUCUACAUCUUCGUUGGUUGCAUCAUUCUCGAGGGCCACGUUUUGCGAAUUAUUGCUGGUACCAUUGUUGCUGCGAUUGGCGUCGGUUACUGCGCGCUGGAGUUUGCACCCUCGAUUGAGCCACCGUCCAACAUGCGUGACGCGGAUGCUGGUUGGGGCGCUGAACAGGUCUAA